UGCUCGUGACGCAUUUUGUAGUACUAUUUAAUAUAAUAUAAAUGAAGUAUGAUACGAUGGGUAUGGAUGCUGGAUUUCUUACAUCAGUUAACGGGGAUGUGAGACGUGGAGGAAAGGUGAUUUCGUUGUCCAGUGAUGAGCGCCAUUUUUGAAUAAUAUCUGGUCAUUAAAGAACUAGGUUAACCGGACAAUAGUGAGAGAUGAUUUGAUCACGUGAUGGUCAUGGCGAACAUUCAAACACGGUUGCUGAUUUGGGAUCGAAAAAUCACCUCGUUCAUGGUAAUGAAUGCUGUUCUCAAUUCGCACAGUGAUCUACGCUUCGUCUUUUUAUGUAUGGAGUGGUCAAUGCAUGGUGCUUUAUGGCUAGUUUUUAGUUCGUUUAUAUUCCUGAUAUCUAUGAGAUAUAAUUUUUCAUUGAAUACCAGAUAUGAAUUAGCUAUAUUAACAUUUGGUCUCUGUACUGAUUUGAUAAUUGUUGGGGUUAUCAAAGGAAUAAUAAGAAGAUCGCGGCCACCUUUUGACAUCAAGGAUCAGCUCUACGAGGCGCCUUUGGUUGACAAAUUUUCGUUUCCUUCUGGUCAUUCUUCUCGUGGUGCAAUGCUCUCAGUCUUGUGCUUGACCUUUUGUUCGCUUCCAUAUUUUAUUACUCUUGCUGUGAAGUUAUUUCCAAUUGUAUUGGGAGCUUCAAGAAUUCUUGUUGGCCGACACUAUGUUAGCGAUGUUGUGAUAGGUUUAUUACUUGGUUACGCAGAAGGGAAUUUCGUACAAUGUUUGCCAUUGCAUACAGUAGAUCUGCUGAAACAGAUGUUUCCUAUGAUAUUUGAUGGUAAUGAACAAUGGAAAACAUAACUUGAUAUUACGCCAAUUCUUUUAACAUGCUGCAUCACCGUUUGGCUAUGCACCGUUGGAAGGAGCUCGGAAUGACAGUCAUUCCGUUUCUGAAUAAAAUUCAUC